GGGGGGAAGAGAUUGACUAAUUUUGGUCACGACAUUUAUUGGAGCUUUGCUGUUAUGGGGAAAAUCAAGCAGUCACCCAAGCAGGGAGGAUGCAGCAGACUGCCUUGGCCAGCCAAAAUCUCCUUUGGAGAAAUUUAUGGUCAGAUUGUGCACGUAUCACCAGAAGCACUUCGUCCAUGUCCUGAAUGACAUAUGCACUGAAGCACAGACCAGCUGUGAAGGGCAGCAGCAGUUAUCUGGACCUGAAAACAUGGAUGUGUCCACUUGUAGCUCAGGCUGCAGCCAGUAUCGUACUGAGAAUCAGGAGCUUGGAACUUCUUGCUCUGAAUCAAAACUUCCUUCAUCUUUGGACCCAGAGCAGUCAGGUCCGCAUGGCUCUUUGCGCAUACUUUGCCAUGCCCUGAAGCAGCAAGCUGUGGAUCUGAAAGCUACAGACAGGAGAGAAAACUGUAGCCCAGUUGUCAGAAGAGACUUUCCUGACCUUUCUAGCAUUAGAACGACUUCUGUGAGUGCCAGGGACAGCCCCACUCAAGGAUACCUCACUGCCUCCAACUCUCAUCACUCUGCUAAGAGUCUUGAAGGACAAACCCCUGGGAGUGAGCAAGAUGUGGGGCUUAGGAAGGGUGAGGAUGACAAAGACCAGAUUCAAAGCAGAGCUUUGCUGUCAGGCUACAUUGCUGCAAAAGCAUCUAAUUUCAAUGCUAGCGAGGAUAGCCUGGAGAGUCGCAUGGUCUCUCAAAAGAAUAUGUUUAAAACUUUCCCAGAGGAGGCCCGAGAGCCAGCUUUCACCACAAGCUCCCCUCGGAGAGCAGACAAAGAAAAUGCUUUGCAGUGCAGUUCCAAAGCCUCUCUGCACCAAGAUACUGAAAUGAAUGACCAGGAAGCAAGGCUGAAAGCAGAGAACAUCCACCAGUCUUCAGGGAAGAACAAGGUCAGCUACCACAUGCAUCCUAUCGACAAGACUCAUGUGGAGAAUGCCAAAGACACUUGUUGGCCACCACCUAAUCCCAUACCAGUGUCACACCACAAAACCACCAAUGGACACCCCCGGACCAAGAGCAUCUCAGCCUCCACCAAAAGCACUCGUAAGAGCAAAAGGUCUUCAGGACUAAGAAUAAACGACUAUGACAACCAGUGCGAUGUUGUUUAUAUCAGCCAGCCAAUUACAGAGUGCCACUUUGAGAGCAAGAGGACAAUGACAUCUAAGAAGACAGCAAGGAAAAGCACACGGGGAUACUACUAUAAUGGUGAAUGCUGUGAGCUUCCUACAGUUCGCACUUUGGCUAAGAUGUCCUAUGUACAAGACACUGGGAACACUCUGGCACCAAGGCCAGAAGUGUUAACAAAUCCAAGUCAGGGGGUUGUUCUUCCAGGCAAUAGCUAUUCGGCAGGAGCCCAAGUGUUGAGUGACCAUGGUGACAAAAGUUCUUCCACUGGGUCCCUCCCUCAAGAAGGUUCCUUGAACAUUAAAAGUCAGGAUGGGAGAAAUGAGCAACUCCCAGCUGAAAGGAUCCUUCCUGAUGACAGUUCCUUGGAGCAGAGAGAAGUUAGUUCUGCUAAAGUAUCCACAAUGGCUCUCUCUCUGAUUCCCUGCUCCAUUCUGCUUGGGGACGAAGGCAGCCUCCCUCUUCCUUCACUUCAGACCACCAUUGUCUCUUCCCCACAACAAACUGAAGGGGAGCUGCAGGACAAAACUGAGAGAAACACUGUUUUGCAGUCUGGUAGUGAUGUGGGAUCUAUUAGCCCUAAUGCAGAUGACAGCAAUGCAGUAGAUUCUGUGCAGCUGCCUGUCUCCAGAGCAGCUGAUGGUGAGGAAAGCUCUCUGUGCUUAAAGAAGGUGUCUACUGCAGAGUCUUCCAUUCAUGCAGACCAGGAGCCUCCUGUUAGAGUGGACUUGCUGCUGCCUGAAAAGCCUGCAGCCGGGAUGAACUUGCUGCAUCCCCUGGAGGAGCCUGCUUCUGUUGGUGACUUGCCACCACCCAUGGAACCUCUCCCACCAUCCCCUACAGAGGUGGCAAAGCCACAUGCAGAGCCUCUUGUCAACCUAGACUCUUUAGAGACCCUCCCUGCAGAACUUUCCCCUGUCGUAGGGAGUUUGUGUUCUGAGGAGCCUGGUGCUGGUUCAACAACAGAAUCUCCCAUGAUUCUUCCUGCUAGUCCAGCGCCUGAGCCUCCUGCCCAUAUUGACCUAGAACCAUUAGAGGCUCCUUUGAUAGAACCUCCAAUGGUGGCACCUGGCAAGAUGGAAUCAGCACUUCCACAGCGCCUUUCCAAUUUGGAUGCAGUAGAGCUCCCUAUCCACUCACAGUGUGCUAAUGCACAUGAAAGCAUGGAUCCUGAAACGAAUAUUGAAGGUACUCAGGACUUGGAGGAAGGGAAAAGUGGGGUUAUGCUGUCUGUUGCAGAAAUUGAGGAAAACUGGGGAAGGGAAAGUAUAAGAGACACAACUGAGUCUAACAAGAUGAGUGAGGGAAGGGAAACUGAGAGUGAAGCUUUGCCAAUGCCCAAAACAUCAGAGACAGGCAACAAGAUGGAGACUUCUUUCAAAACAAACCCUGAGAAAAAAAGGAAGAGGGAGAAGAAACCUCAAGUUAUAUCUGAUCGAUGCCUUCGAAGCCAACAGCCCCUGUCACCUUCUGAGGACAGUACUGAGCAGCCCAACUCUUCCACAUCCAUGCAACUUCCUCAGCUGCAGAUCAAGCUUUCUAAAAGUCCUGGUGCUAAGCGUUUUAAAAGAGAAGUGCACCUUGAUGGGGCGGCAUCAGUGUGUGUUCCAACUGACAGCUUCCACAAAGCACUACAAAAUGACACUGGGAAAACUCUUGAGCCACAGGAAGGUAAGGAAAAUGACAUCACAAUGAGACAGAUCUGUAAGACAGUGUUGACAAAGGAGACUUUAACAGAGGAAAGCCAAGAUGCUGAAGGGAACAAGACAAAGCCAACAGCAAUGCUUGAAAUCUAUUUAGAGGCUGAUUCUGACAAAAGAAGUGUCCAUGUCCCAGUAGGAACUUCCGAAAAGGGUGACAAGCCUACAGAGUUAAUGCUAGAAGAUCCAGGGAACUCAGACAGUACCAUGGAUGCUAAAAAGUUGUCGCUCAUUCAGCGUGGGACUAGUUGCCCUGGGAGCAAGAAUGAGAGCAAGCAUGCACCAACAGAGAAGUCAGUGAAAUACAAGAGGGCAGUCCUCCAGUGCUAUAACUUGAGACAUACUCCUGCCCCAGUAUCUACGAUCAGUGCCUCCCAAAACAUGUCAGGAGUGGAAACGAUACAAGGAGACUCCAAUGUCACAAAUAUACAAGCAGGCUCUAAUGUCACAGACCAACAAGAUGCAGAGCCUGAAGAACCUACUGCCUUCAACAGCAUGGAGAUACUGAUUAACAGCAAGCCAAAAUUUGUGGAAUGGUGUUCUGAGGAAGAAAACCAAGAACUCAUAACUGACUUUAAUGCCCACUAUAUGAAGAUCCAGAAAGGGUGGAUUCAACUGGAGAAGGAGGCCCAGCCAGCGCCAAAAGUCAAGAAUAAAUCUGACAAGCUGAAAGAGAUUUGGAAAAGCAAGAAGAGGACUCGAAAGUUCAAAGGGUCUACUGAAGUCCAGAAGCUAUCCCCUGUUCAGAUGCUGUUUAUGAAGCCUUUUGAAAUGCCCAAUAUAUGCAAAUGGCUUAUGGAGACAACUGAAACUAAGUCCCUGGUAAUAGUGAAGAAGCUGAACACACGUCUUCCAGGUGACAUCCCCCUUAUUAAGCUUCCACUCCAGAAAGGCUGUUCUUCUGGCAUCUAUUCCAGCUCACUCCAAGCAGAACGUCUAAAGAAACACCUAAAAAAGUUUCCUGCAAUGUCACCAGCGAAAAACACCAUAAAGACCCAAAGAAUGUGGGCCAGGAUUCGAGAGAACACUGAAGAAACAGAGCCUGAACAAAUUGCCAGUCCAAAGGAGACACCCCCAUCAGAAGUAAGUUUGGAGCGAGGUGUUGAAGCCAAGGGUUCCCAACCUCCUCCUAGCAUGCCAGUGCAGACCAGCUCCCGUAUCCUGCGAAAAUACUCCAACCUGCGUGGCAAACUUCAUGGCCUCUGCAGAGUGGUCAAGCCGGAGAAGAGUGAUGCAGUGGCAAAGCAUCCCUUGGCUGAGAGCAAGUCAAAUAGCAAAAGCUUGUGCAUUAAGCCACUGAUGUCACCAAAGUUGGCCCAGCAGGUCAAAGUAACCCCACUUCCUACUAAAUCCAGUUUGGUUGAGAAAGGAGGGAAAGGCAAAAAGGGGAAAGGCAGGUCACAGGAGGACCUCUCAUCUAAAUGCAACCUCAAGCAAAGCCGCAAAAAGGCACCAGAUGAGAGCAGCAGCAGGAUGCAGGGACACUUGAGCAAAGAAAAGGUGUCUCUGAAGAAAGCUUGUAAAUUGAAGCUUUUGGGUGCUCCCAGUAUCAAGAAGCAGACAGCUGUGGAGAAGAGUAAUAAACAUACAUCUCAGAGUGGGAAGGCAAAGAAAUCAGUUGAUGCACAGCCUAGGAAAAGGAAGCUUCCUACCCAGAAGAGCAAAGCAAACCCCUCUCUGAAGGCUUCCCUGUCUUCCAGGCAAGAAGGCCUUGCUAAGCCUGUGAAGCCAAAAGUCACACGGGACUCCUCCAGUCGGUCUCUUAAAGUGCCUGCUAAAAAGGCAAACAGCAGCAAAGCUCUGACUAGGUCAGUCAAAAGCAUUCAGGAGAGCAAAAAAGCCCAAAGCAAGAGGAGGCUGAGGGCCAAAAAAGACUCCUCACCCAGCAAGCGCAGGCGUCUGGAUGCAAAGUAACAGGCUUUGCUUGGAGAUGAGGAACCCUUCCUCAUGCAUUAAGUAUAAUUAUUUCUGAAUAUGGGGGGGAGGGCAAGUAUAUAGCUAAAGGCAAGCUCCCUCUUCUCCAUUUUUAGGAGUCCCCUAGCUGUGUUGCAGCUGUAGAGGGUACCUUUCUUUGCUUCUGAGAAGGGAAGUUACUGCUUCCUAGUGUUGAACUGGGAGCUAAGCAGUUUCAGUUCAAAGUACAGUGCCUUAUUUAUCCUUUAGGAAAUAAAUAAAUUAGUCUCUGUGUUUUUAAGGCUGGCAGUUUAUAGUUAAUGCACAAGCACUUGUACUGUAAUUGAAAGAGAACUACCUUUCAUGCACAUCCUAUAGACCUUGGCAGCCCUUCUGCUGGGGUACAAACAGGAGCCUUUUCUUCCUGUUGUGUGUUGUAGCAUCCUGGCACUGUUUGAUCUGAACAGGGCAUUAUGAAGCCAAAACCCAAAGUAUUUUUGUCCUUUAAUGUUACUCUUUACGAGCAGGUCAGGAUGGUGAAUUUUGUUAAGGUGUUUACCAUUGUCCACCUUUUAUAACUUUGGGAUCUGUGGAUUGGCUCUAACAUAGUCUGUCUCUUGUGUAAAAAAUACUGUUUCUGCAGUGUCUGCAAUGACUGGCAGCAAUGCUUGAUCAAUUUUACCUGUAUAAGAGAGGAGUUGGUCCCACUGUUUGGAUAGAGACCUCUCUCAGUCCAUGCACAUUGCUCUUUACAGAUGCAUUGAAAUGCAGCUUGAAUGCAUUUCAGCAUAUAUUCCUGCCUAAUUUACUGUGAGACCCUUAUUUGGAAUACCCCCAAAAGAUGAUUGGCAGAAUCCACAUGUCAGCAGUGAAAUUGAUGGGUGUGCAACCAUUCUAAUUGCAUGGAUUUUAAGAGGUGGGUCUCAUGAUAGAAUGUCUGUAAAAAGUAAUGAUGGAACAUGCCCCUAGUAAGGCAUCCACUUUUUAACUUUUUUCUGUGCAGUUGCCGGGAGUCCCUUUUCCAUAGCUUUCUGUCCUAGAGAAAUUAAAGCAAAAACAGCAACACUGGCUGUGAAGGAAGUUGCCACUGGACGUAUGUGGUGCUGUCACGUGCGUGCGGUGGUCGCAGCUUGCUAUGAAGCAAAAUUAUGCUUUGCCUUGCUGUAUACAGUCUGGCUCUCCAAAUACGCAUUGGUGUUUCACACAACUUGUCUGGACUUGCUUUCCAAGUUGAAUCAAUAUGUAAUGUACACAUCAAGCCAUCUCUCUUCAGACAAGAUACUCCUAUGAAAGCCUAUUAGAAAUGCAAAUAUUCCCCUUCUCCGUACAAACAUUUGAUUUGGCUGCAACAAGAGGGGACAGGGACACAGCAUUUCCUUAGAGGAAAUGUCCUGUCUGCACACUCUAUGUGACCCAUCUGUUGGGUGGCCGUGCUUGCUUCCGCUCUGGGGCUGGGGAGAAGAGACGAGGGGCUCAGCCUUUUAUUUAUUUCUGUAAUUUCUCUUUAAGCCACAACGAAGGUAGAGCUGUUUGGUUAGAAACUUGUGCAAAGUUCCUUGCAUUUGCUGCACGUGGCACCCAAGAGCUUCCUGUGAAAGCCUUCAAAUUGCUUGACCUUUCAGAAUAGCUUUCCAUGGAUACCAUCUGAGAUCGACGUACUCAAACAUUAUUAUAUUAACUGGCUUGAACCAGUCUUUCCAGUUUCUGAGGGAUUUAUUGAAUAAAAGGAAAGGCAAACUCUUCAGGGAGUGUGAGGAAAUUGAUUUUUUUAUUUAAAGGAGGGAGGGUGCAUUAGCAUUGGCACUCCUAUACCAAAGCUCAUUACUGCAGGCAGAAAACAGAUAACUAGCUGUGUAGUAUUUUCAUUGAUCAAAGAGGUUGGAAUUCAGCGUCUGAAAAAUGCAAAGCCCUCCUGCUCACCCACCUAAGUCUGUGGCUUGAGAGGGUGUACUAAAGCUAUAAGACACAUCAGGGUGAACUCUUUUUUUAUGGAAUACUUUUAAAUCAUUGAAUUUUAACUUCUACGUUGUCGUUUAAAUCAUGAUGUAUAAAAAUAAUUGUUGUAAGCAUUAAGUCAAGCUUAGAAUUCUCUGUAAAGUUUGAUAUGGAUUGCUGUUUAACUGUGGAUAUCAAAUGUACUAGACAUUCCAUCAGGAGUAUUAGAGAUAUUUAAGGAAGUGUGUGAGCAUGUAUGUGUGUGUGAGAGAGGGGCAAACGUGCCAGAGUUUUGCCACUCCUUUUUCCAACUUUACAUGCCUCUAUCCACAGAGAUGUGUAAAUUUUCCUGCUCCUUCUACCCAGGGCUGCUUCCUAACAAAAUGCUGGGUGAUUGGGGCACCUUGUGGUACUUUCAGCUAGUGAUUCUGAUCCAGACACCUGUUAAUAAAAUCUUUGUACAACUUUCUGCUGUCCCAUUUCUUGUGUGGCUUGUCUAAAAUAACUCCUUUAUAACUCUGUGUUAUAUAGCUAACCUUCACACUUGCCCUAGUUCUUUGAAACCUGCUGGCUGUAUAUGCAAGGCUGCCUGAGUAUGUGAGGUUGGAAUACAGUUGCCAGCCCUGCAAAGUUGCCGUAGUCCUCCUAGUAUUGCCUCAUGUUUUGGUCCAGCUGCUGCCCACUAUUCUUUUGGGAAGGGCAUGUGACCCUAGGUUCAGGCACUAGUGGCUUGUGGGACAAGCCUUUCCAUUGGACUAGUGUAGCUGCAAGAUAUGGAGAGGGAAGUGAUGGUUCAAAUAGCACAACAGGGUUUAGAAUUCUUGUUUUAACCAACUUUGAGUUAAAGUUUCUGGUUGGAAGGCGUUUCUCAGGCUGUCCCUGUGUGUCAGCCCUGAUCAUAUGCAAGUGGCUCUCAGUCACUGCCAUACCAGGCAGAAAUGCUGUCCUGUCACAUUUUUAAUGAACUGCAAAUGGACUGUUCCCUUCUUGCAAUUCGCCGCAACCCAUCUCUUCCUUUUAGGAUAAUUAUCAUGUGUCUCCUAGUCCUUUCAAUAGAAACAGCUUUGCAAUCCAGCCAGGCUUGUGGCUGGAUUGGGUUCUUCUCUCUGGACUGUAAGGACUCAGUGAGCCUGUGCCCUGCAUCCUUUCCAAUAAUUUCUUAGCAUGUAGCAUUUUCUUUGUCAUGCAUUGACCCAUAAAUUCAGUCUUGCCCUAACCACUGCUGCAGAAGGAAGGAACACGUGCUUUUCAGAAUUACUGGUAUCUGUAACACAAUUGUUGGAGUUCGAUGUUAUGAACUACUUCAGCCACUUGCUUGGACUUGUUGAAACUCUUGGAAAAGAAUGACAGGUCUGCAGGGAGUGACUAUGCUGUUCCUUGUAAUACACCUAUCGAGCAUGUUGUCAAGAAAAAGUGCUCAGGUUUUUGGACCUCCAUCCAUAGCUAUCUUUCUGCCCCAGAAUCUUGAGUCUUAUUGCCAGGUCUAAAAGAAUAGAGUCAGUUUAGUCAUUCUAGUUUCCAUGUCCUGGGUAGAAACAGGUUGUUGGCCUUCCUUAUUUCUUAAGGCAGCCUCCAUACCAUUUUACUUCCAUGAAAAUGAGCGUGUUAUCACUGUUUUGCAGCUGUUCCUUUAUUGUGAGUGAAGGAUAUUCUCAUGCCCCUUGGUAGUGGGAUCGUAGCCCUCCUUGGAGAUAAUUAUUAGUUGCUCUGCCAUUAAUUAUACAUUGAUACACUUAAUUGGCUUGCCUUUCCAUUGAAUUAUUCCUGUUGCCUGUAUUGUAUAGCUAUGUAAUCUCUAACUCCAGCCCAUUUGCUUCCUCUGAUCACUGAAAUAAAUUCAGCAUUCUUUCCAGAGCCCGUGCUUCCGUUUUCAUGCUUCCGUUCUCCCCCUGUAGCCUGGGUCUUGGUCAAACUCUUGGUAUUCUUCUGCUGUAGGUUGGACAUAUUGCCUCUUUUGGUAGCUUUCAAUGAAGGCUACCUCAUUUUUCAUUUGUGGGACAAACACAACUCCUGUACAUAAAAUCAAGUAUUACUAAUGCACAGAUUCAGACAUAUAUUUGUAUCACCCAGAACAGGUUCUGAUGCUCAGAAUAGCUGGGUGGUUGAUCUUGUAAGAGUGCAAUGUACGGCUAUUUUUUACCACUGAAAGGACUAUCAACAUGUGUAUACUUGUUUUAAAAAUACACAUGCCGCCCUUUUCAGGGCUCUUUCUGCAGAAUAUUUCAGCCAUGCAAGCAGCUAAACGUUUAUCAUCAUCAUCAUCAUCAGCGGGGACUUCUGUUCUUGACCAGUAUGAAGCACAGCUGAGCAAUGAGGAAUUGUGCUAAAGGGAAACAAUAUAUAUGAAAAAGGAUUUCAUUAAAUCUUUGGCUGACUCUUAAAAUGUACUUUAAAUAAAACUGUCCUCUUUCUGCCUCUGUCCCCCAGUUUCCACAUGCUCAUCAAAUGCAAACAAAUAUGCAGAAAGCUACGAGCAAGCCAGCGAGUGGGUUACAGAUCAGUGUUAACCAUCAUCUCUGUCCUUGGCUAGCAUUCAACCUUUAACUGCCGCUGUCCCCUAGACCCUUGUUCUAGCUCUGCCUCACUGUUUAGUGGAAGCAACAAUGGAGCCGUCUGGUUCCUUUAGAAAGGCCUAUAUUUCAUCAUGGCUUGUUUUUUUAAGGAACUGCUGGUCCAACCUUUUCAGGCUGCUUGACAAAUGAUAUAUUUUCUGCCUAGAAGUAAUGGUCCUGUUUCAUCUUUCUGCUAUGGAUAAUUAUGGCAAAAUAGAAACUUGCAUACAUGCUGAUGUAAAUCACCCUGAGCUUUCUUGAUGCUUUCCUGAAGUCCUGUUUCUAUUGUACUGUUUGCAUUUAGCUAGAUAGCUGCGAAUUGCACCAUCCAUCCUAAAAUGAUCUCAGGAGUUCUGCUUUGCAUUGAGAGGUAGCUCUGUUGUCUUCUUAAAACCUUUCCCUUUUGAACUGUUGCUAUCAAUACUUGCUUUUCAGAAUAGUGAAAAUGAAUGGAGUCUGAAUGGUUUUUGUUGUUUGUGUGUGACCUUUUACCUUUGUGGGUCUUUUUUUACACUGUAAUGCUAUCAAGGAUUUUCUAUGGAUCUGUUUUUUUGUGUAUUACUUUGAAAUGCAAUGUGAAUCUAUACAUAUCUGUAUAUGUGUACAAAUAUAUAUAUAUACACACACACACUUAUAUACAUACAUACAUACAUAAAUAAUAGAUGCUGUGUUAACAUAGCAUCCAGCUAGUGGUUGAAAUGCUUUCCUAGGUGCAGGGUAAAUACUGCCUUGUUUCUCUGGGCAGUCAUACAAAUAGAAUAAUAUUGUAAAUAGUUUUAAAAUAUUUAUUUCCUGUACUUUGUGCUAAUGAGUUUUGGGAGUGCUAUUGAUUUGCUGUGUAGUAAGGUUAGGGUCUUAUUGCAAAUAACAUUGGAUGCAGGGAGGAGGACUAGCAUUUGGUCUGGAAUUUAUGCUGCAGAUGUAAGGUUCUAGUUCUCACUGAGGUGACAUGGUAGAGCUGAAGGACUCACAUGAUUGACUUACUGUUUUACAAAAUUCUUCUGCAUGCACAACUAAGUAUUAACAAGAACGAUAGUACUUAGCCACCCUGAUGUGCUUGAUUUCUGUGUGCAUGAUACAUUUUUGUAUGGAGGAGCAUUCAAUCAUGUGAGCUCUCACCUGAAGUGGAAACAGAAGAGACACACGUUUGCCACCUUAAUGAGAUCUAGCUUAAGUGAACUUAACGCAUUAUAUAUACUUUUUUUUCAUUUUCUGUGGGUUAAAAUUCCCAGCUUUUGUGUGCAGUUCUGGGUAAACUGUCCAAACAUGUGCACCUUUGGGUACAGCAUAUGUGAGCAAUAAGAAUUGUAGUAAUGUUUUGAUGAUAAAAUCCUAAAUUCUGGAGAAUGGUUGUCUGCAUGUCUUCUUAAAUUGUGCUUUUCUUCAGUGGCCUUGCCACAAAGAGAAAGGGAAAGCUGAUGUUUCAGCUUCUCUGCAUACUUAUGCACCAUUGCAGGAAAUACCUAGGUCAUAGGUCAAACCUAGAAAAAGUGUGUCCACUGGGCAGGUGGACUCAGGGAUCCCUUACUGGGAAUGGUAUAGUGGAAAUGCCAGUGGCACACACAUCAAGUCAUUUGCAGCUGACUCUUGUCACCAAGCCACAUGCUGUGUGCUUGAUGCUUCCAGUGUUUGUCAAUCUUAAAAGAUCCAGGUGAUACUUCACCACACCCAAGUUCCCCACUGCUGUGCAGAGUUCAUUGUCCUGUUUAUCUUUUUAUUUGGGUUCGUUUUCUGUGUCUGUCUGAAUUUUUCUUUUCAUUUGGAUCAUGGAUGCUUGUCUAUUUUCUGUCUCACUGGAUACUCCCCAUGUUAUGCUUUUAGGUUGCCAUUCUCUUUUAUUUGUGAUUUUAUAAAGACUUUUGUUUUUGUUGAAGAUUGGCUUGUGUGGAAAUUCCUAUGUGAUCAUUCCCAGGGGUUGUCUCUUAGCCAUUCAGCAUCCAUAUCCCAUCAGUACUCUUUUCUAGAAAUUUGAAUAAUAAUUUGAAAAUCCAACUAUUUUCAAAUAAUUCUUGUCCUGCCUCCUUUUGCCAUCAAAAAAAAAAUAACUCCUACUUUUAUUUGUUAUAAAAAUCUUCAGUUCUCAAGUUUAUGAUGAGGAUGUGAUGGAGGAAGCUUCAUUUCAGCUUCACUGAAAUCAGUGUCUUGUCAAGGGCAUAUCUGAAGUCUUGGGAUAAACUCCUGCCCAGUUGAGUAGGCAUUCAAACAACUUAGAGAUGUCUGGCAAUCCCUAGUAUUCCCUGCAUUGCUCUAUAGUUGCUUUAUUCUUCACUCAACGCUUCUUCUAAUUGCCUUGCUAAUUUAGUCCUUUUUAGCCCAUCAGAAGAACCGCAUUUUGGGAAUUCCUUUCUCUGUCCUCACUGGCUGAUACACAUUUUCCACCAGUCUGGUACUGUGCACAUCAUCCUAACCUAGUGUGUGGUCAUGAGUAGUCUUUCAGAAGGCUUCUCUUGGAAUCUACUGGCUUUCUCUUUGGGGCACUGGGAAAUGCUGUGAUUUUAGAGAAAGAACAUGUCAGCUGUGAAUUGUUGGUAAAAUGUGUUGCUAGAUAAUUUUAUAUACCUCACCUGAAGAACAUAUGAAAAUGUAUAUAAAGAUUGUACUCAGUUGCCUUCCAACCAUUUAGCAUAUCUACAACAGUUAGGGCUAUUUUGCCAAUGGAAAAUGUAUCAAAUCCAUGAUUGUUUGUGACAACUUCAUGCUUUGUAUUUUAUUUCCUUGACUAACCCAUGGAAAGCAAUGUGCUCUUGUUACUGAUCUUGAGGCCCUGGUGAGAUUUAGACCUUUUUCUUUUACCCCUUUCCAUGCAUCUUUCUCCCCUAUGUAUCCUGUGUGCUCAAAGAGUUUUAUUUCAGCUUAUUAAACAUUUCUUUUAUAUCA